CUAACUUGGGAAGCGACUCUACUCAACCUCGUACCUUGAAAUUUUGACAAAGCACUCUCCCUUUCCAUCUCCCCCUUUUGUCGGCAGCUUUAGAUUUUCAGGGUUCCGAAGUGCAGAACAGCCAUGGACUCGGACGUCGAGCGGAGGAUCGGGACGGCGGUGCGCGAGGUUCUGGAAGAGUCGGACAUGAACGAGACCACCGAGUACAAGGUGCGGAAGCAGGCGUCGGAGAGGCUCGGCAUGGACCUCUCUCAACCCAAGUACAAGGCCAUUGUCAGGCAGGUCGUCCAGUCCUUCCUCGAGGAGCAGAAAGCGAAGGAGGAUCAGCGAGCGAACGCGGUAGCGGAGGAAGUGGAAGCGGAAGAGGAGGAAGACGAGGAGGAGGAGACAGGGAAGAAGCCAAGCGGCGAAGCGGAGUAUACUGAGGACGGUGACCUUAUCAUCUGCAAGUUAUCAGAAAAGAGAAAGGUGACAAUGCAAGAGUUUAGAGGCAAACCCCUUGUCUCAAUUAGGGAGUAUUUCAAGAAAGGCGGCAAGGAAUUCCCUACUUCAAAAGGGAUAAGCUUGACAGAGGAACAAUGGUCUAUCUUGAGAAAGAAUUUACCUGCUAUCGAGAAAGCUGUCAAGAAGAUGGAGUCGAGCACCAUGUGAGAGUUGAUUUCCUUUGAAUACAUUGGCACCAUGCUAAAACUUCUUCCUUUUGAACUUUCUGAGUUGUGUGAUCUAAACCAAGAUCCAGCUCUGCAAUGCGGAGUUUGUUUGUUUUCUUGAUGUCAAAUUUCGCAUCAACUCAAUACAUGUGGUGCUGUCUCAUAUUUUUCACCAAGUGAAACCAUGUUUCAUCACAAUAAUACAGCAUAAGACUCAUUUAUCA